GAGCAAACUCAUUGUAGUAGUAGUAUAGGGAAACGUGAUCAGCUGUCGGUCACAAAUAAAUCAUUGUACAUGCGCUCCGUCACGCGGAAUCGCCAAGUUCGACACUCAACGCAUUCUGUAAAAUUUUGCAUAUAUAAAACUAUUUUUUCUUAAAUACUUUCGACAUGCAAGAUCCAAAUGAGGAUACACAGUGGAAUGACAUUCUUAGGAGUAAAGGGAUUAUACCCGAGAAACCGAAGGAAGUUACAGAAGAUCAGAUAGUGGAUAUUCUCGAGAAUACCAUAAACGAGAAAACUGGGCGAACUACUGACGAUUUUGAGGGAAAAACAUUGGAUGAGUUGGACGAAUUAGAAGAUGAAGAGGAUGAAAAAGUUCUAUUUGAGUAUAGACAGAAGAGAAUAGCAGAAAUGAAAGAAUUAGCUAGCAAAUCUAAGUAUGGUGAAGUUAAAGAAAUAUCUGCUGAGGAUUAUGUUCAAGAAGUGAACAACGCUGGAGAAGAUAUUUGGGUUGUUCUCCAUUUAUACAAAGCUGGCAUCCCACUAUGUACGUUGAUAAACCAGUACUUAGCUACCUUGGCAAGGAAAUUUCCUACAACCAAAUUCUUGAAAAGUAUUUCUACUACUUGUAUCCCAGGAUGGCCAGACAAGAAUCUUCCUACAAUAUUUAUCUACCGUAAUGGAAGUAUGGUGAAACAAAUCAUUGGGGCAAUUGAAUUAAGAGGCAUGAAGCUAACUGAAGCAGAAUUGGAGUGGAUGUUGGGACAAGUGGAAGCAGUACCGACAAAAAUUAUGGAAGAUCCAAAGCCAAAAGUGAAGGACGUAUUGUUUUCUACAUUAAGGCAAGGAACUGAUGAUUUGGCUGACAGCAAUGAUUGGUAAAUUUCCAUACAUUAAGUAUUAACCCAAGUUGGAACGAAAUUACAGCACAAAAUGUGUUUCAUUUAUUUUAUUGCUGUCCACUUAUCAUUUUUUGUUACUCUUAAUUUUUACCAUUGAUAAUAAUACCAAAAUAAAAUAUUUUAUCACGUUA